AAAUUAAUAAGCAUAAAUAAAUAAAUAAAUAUACUCCCCAACUACAGUCUUAAGUACUACCACGUCAGGGAGAACUAGCCUCCCGUUUGCUACAGUGGACAGCACCAUCCUACGACGAUAUCACAACCGGGGCCCAGUCGGGCGCCACAGCCCCCUGAGGACUUGGAUGAUUUAAGCGAACGCGGCCCCUGAGGUAGCAGAAAAGCCGCCAUCUUGACCGGAAACGCGUCACGGAAGACGGUGAUGGCCCAUUUCCUCUUCCCUGGCUGGCUCGCUUGCUCUCUCUCUCCCGCGCGCCUCUAUGGUCGCCGAGCGACAUCCGGGUCCCUGUUGUAGCGGAGUGCAGCAAAGGCCGCGAGCGAAGUGAGGACGUGGCAAGCUGUGAGGGAGAUCGGAGCGGACGUGGAGGGGCCUUUCCGGUGAGCGGCGGCGGCGGGCACAGGAAGCGGAAGCCGGCGCCAGCGGCGGCCCGACGACCAGCAGGAGCGGGGACAGCCGGUUGAGGUAAGCGAGAGGCCGGGCCGAUCUCUUUUGAGGCGCGAGGUUGUGAGGGACCGGGGUCGGGAGGGGGGAGGCGGCUCCGCGACGAGGCCGGGGCUGAGGGAUAAAGCGCCGCCCGACUCCGGAGCGCGCCUGGCCUGAUCCUGGCAGGCUUACGCCUCCGGCCUCCCGGGGAGGCCCUGUGCUGAGCCGUCCGGAUGGAUUCCCGGCUUAGCUUCUCCCUUAGCGAGUUCUCAUUACCAGGCCUUGGGCUGAUUAAAUGCCAUUUUAAACGUGUUUGUGAGAGGAUUUUGUCUGUUCUUUUUAUUAUGUAUUUUGUGUGAUCUCAUUUUUUGCACUUUUAUGUAUUGAACCGCUCGGUGCUCUUCGCUUGAAGGGCGAUAUACGCAUUUAACGAAUGAAAUUAAAAUAAAUGAAUCUUUCCAACCCAACCCUCCCCACCCCCACACAGGCAGGAAAUAAGCGGCGCUUUUCCUUCCUCCCCGCUUUGCUUCACACAGGCACCACGCAAAGUGUGCUCCGCUUGACGUGUGCUGCAUUCACAAGUGCAGGUUGAUAGGUGCGGGUGAGUGCGUCCCUGAGGCUUGUCGGUAACAGGUUUAAUACAGGAGUUGGGGGAAAUUAUUCGGACAACUUCCAAAUAGAGAGCGGGGAGGAAAUGUUUUCCCUGGCCUGCUGGUGUAUGUGGGAGAUUUAGCUCAUAGGGAGUAACCCCACACUCUGAUCUGCAGCCAAAAAGGGAAACAACCCGAGAAAAGCCUUACCAGUCGAUCCUGCCGAACGUGUGAACAGGGCUUGACAAGGUGAAACUGAGAUGAAGCAAUAUUGUGUUUAUGUAGGAGUUAGGCUGCAUUUCAACAAAAGCGUUCCCGGGAGCCUUUUUUUUUCCUCCAGAAGUAGUAGCAGUGUUUACUAUUAAAGACUUCUUUUGAAACACUUGGCAUUAGAAGCAGAGUUGGAAGGUACCCUUAGGAUCAUAUAGCCCAACACCCUGCAAUGCAGGAAAAUGCAGCUGUCUCUUAUGGGGAUUAAACCUGCAACUAAUGGAAUAACUUUGUUUUGAAAUUUAGGUUCACCUUGAAGAUUUCAAAGCACACCAUGGUGCUUUCCUUUUCCCAAGCAGUGCACAUUAACUUGCAUUUGUGCUAAAUUGUACUUUGGACUGCAGCAUUAGUUACGCAUAGAACUCAGAAGAGUAGCUUCUUCAUUUGCGGAUUAUAUGUGGGGGCAGGCUUUAAAUUCCCUAAUUUUGUCCUAUCCCACUACCUCAUGCAACAGGACAUUUACAUAUUGUUCAUUUUCUAAGUUUUGUUAGGAAAGGGUUUCACUCUUGCCAGAAGAAUGGAUCAGUUUUAUGGACAAGUGGUCCACUUAUUAGUCUGUGCAAGGCUAGAUGUGUAUAUAACAGGGUGAUUAUGCUAAUACAGAGACAUUUAGAAUUUUGGGAGUGUGUUGUGGGCACCAACCCUUCUUGUUACAGUGGUACCUCGGGUUACAUACGCUUCAGGUUACAUACGCUUCAGGGUACAGACUCCAGUAACCCAGAAAUAUUACCUUGGGUUAAGAACUUUGCUUCAGGUUGAGAACAUACAUCGUUCUCCAGCGGCGCAGCAACAGCAGGAGGCCCCAUUAGCUACAGUGGUGCUUCAGGUUAAGAACGGUUUCGGGUUAAGAAUGGACCUCCGGAACGAAUUAAGUACUUAACCUGAGGUACCACUGUACUUCUCUUCCCCGAUAGAGAAAGCGCACAUGCAGAAAGGGAGUCAUUGUACUUCCAAGGGAUCUGGGUAAAGGUUGAAUAUCUAGCAGGAUUAAAAUGUUUCCUGUUCAGUCUACACAAUUUUACAUAGUAUCCCUAAAUAGCCACUGCCAAAUUAAAGCUUACCUUGGUGGUAGACUGUGCAGUAAAAAUCACAGAGCACAUCUAUGGAUACAGAGUUGACCUGUGAUUGGAGGGGAUCCCUUGUAAAAAUUAUGAUGAUGCAUAAGUUUCUAUACCUUGAGUCUAUAUUUUUUCACAAGGGCAGUGCUAGAAAGCAUCAAUUCUGUGAUUUUUGGUUUUGCAGUUCAUUCAGUAGAUAGGUGUGACAUUUAUUUGAUUGCCAAUGGGGAAGGAGCCUGUGAGAAAAUAGAGUUUAAAGAGGAUCUGUUGUAUUGGAUAUGGUGUGCAUAUUUGAGUGUGCAUUCCUGACUUCUGUCCCACCAGCUGCUCCAUUAUUCUCUCCUACUUCUUUUCCGUUUACCUCCUACUCUGUCGCUUCUGUGCCAAUACGGCAAUAAGAGCCUUGAAAAGCACAUAGAACUGAAAGAAGUUAUGUCCUUUUCAAGGGAUGAGGAAAGGAGCAGUGAGUGAGGGUGUUGCAAGCACCCCAGCUGUGGUACUAAUGUAACAGUAUGAUAUGCAAUGUUGGACUAGUGUAGCAAUUCUAGGUGAUGUUGUUGCAUCCUUUUAAAGCACAGGUGGGCUGAAGGCAGAUUGAGAUCUGCUGAUAGAUUUGCACACGUGCCAUCCUACUGCACUGUGGUGAUCACAAAACAAGAGCAUUAAUUCAGAGUGAGGUGUGCCAAAGUCCAAAGCUCAAAGGUCUUAAAGGCGUUUGAGUGUAUACCUCACAAUACUGAGCUGCAUACCAGCUGUACAACAUACUAGCAUGCUUAGACACUGUCGUAGAACCCAUUGUGCUGGCACUUAGAUAUUUGCAGAUGGCAAAAAUAAAAAAGAUGGAGAAAGGGAAAUGAGCAGGAAGCUUGCAGAACAAAAAAAGGGACAUAGCAAAUGCCAUUCCCCUGCGGUAGCUUCACUUGCUAACCAGGAUGCAAAAAUUAAAACAUGCAUUAUGGAAUAAGCACUGUCCUCUCAGUAUGAUUCCUUGUAACAUUUCUAAAAAAUGAAUUCAGUUUUAUGCUUGUGCAUUUUUGGUCAAUACUGUCAUUAUACCAAGCCAUAGUCUUUACACUAUAGUUUAGGACCAAACCAUGGUUUGAAUUUCUAAACACAUGCUAGGGAAACUGUAGCUUAGAGCCACUUGUUGAGAAGGUAGAAAGCAAAACUAGACAAUCAGCUUCAUAGUGAUGGCCAUAACAUUAGAUUCGAAAAUCAUGGUUUGUACUGUUUCUUGCUUGAUAGGUGAAGCAUGAAUUUAGUUUGGCCAUCAUAGCAAACUGUAGUCUUGGAAGUGUUCUACGUCUAUUUGUUAAUACUACAAUAGCACAAUGACAUAUUUUAUGCUGUUGCAAAUAGGGCUGUGUUUUGCUGUUAAUGGUUGUAGCCUUGCUUUAAACUAAAAUUUCAGUGUAUUAUGAAGGCAAUGUAUUUUAUUUCUUCUGGAUUAUGUGUGUGCUGAUUCAGAAGAUCACACCUGCAAAACAUCCCUUGCACUGAUACAAUCUGACAUACUGCUGGAAAUGCUUGAUUAUCCUUCUAUAAAUGAACCUUUUUGCUAUAGUAGAUAGUGUUCUGAAGAAUAUCAGCUACUGAAUACAGAUUAUUGCAGGAGACUGACAUAAGGAUUGAUCUGUUCUUUAAACCUUAUGUUCAGAACCAUGUCCCCAAAUAGUACCUGGUAGUAAAGGAAAUUCCAUUCAGGUCCAGCAUAUUCAGUAGUCAGGGACCGUGGGAACUGUAGGACCACAAGUUAGUCAACCAAGAUGUAAGGAUAUGCUGGCUGGGCCUCAUGAGGGUUGUAUGAAUGCCUUAUUUGGUCAUAGCUUUUAGACCUUAAUUCUUGUUGAAUCUGUGUUAUUUUAAUUUUUUCAUGUAUGAGAUGUUUUUUUUAUUUUUAAAAUAAGUGCUUCAUAAUAGCAACAUUAUUUCUCAUUGAUGGCCCAGUUUCUUCUGGGGGUAAUUGGCAGGGACCAUAAACUGGUGAUGAAUGGGGCCAGAGAUAAAAGUGUUCUGGAUUAGCUAAUCCAGAAUUUAAGAUUAGAAUUCCCAAUUCUAAGCAGGUCUGAGAAGUAAGCCCCAGUGCUAUACUCAAAUAAGUAUGUAAGGAAUUUUUUUUUGUACAGUGAACCAAUAAAGUUCAUUGUCUAGAAAGCAACUGAAAGUAUUUUCUGAAUUAGUCAUUCCUAUUAGUCCUGUAAGGGACGCGGGUGGCGCUGUGGGUUAAACCACAGAGCCUGGGGCUUGCCAAUCAGAAAGUCGGUGGUUCAGAUCCCUGUGACGGGGUGAAAUCCCGUUGCACAGUCCCUGCUCCUGCUAACCUAGAAGUUCGAAAGCACGAAGUGCAAGUAGAUAAAUAGGUACCGCUCCGGCGGGAAGGUAAACGGCGUUUCCAUGUGCUGCUCUGGUUUGCCAGAAGCGGCUUAGUCAUGCUGGCCACAUAACCCGGAAGCUGUACGCCAGCUUCCUUGGCCAAUAAAGCGAGAUGAGUGCCGCAACCCCAGAGUCGUCCACGACUGCACCUAAUGGUCAGCGGUCCCUUUACCUUUUAUUAGUCCUGUAUGCUCUAUCCUGUUUUAUAUUACAAACGUAUAUAAGUGGCAGAAGCCUACUAUUUUCUACCCAGAUGGGGGGGGGGACUUAUCCCCAAGCCAUACAAACCAAGGAAGAAAUGAAAAACAAAUCAAUUUUUUUUUAUUAAAUAAAAUAUUUUUUGUCUGAUUGCUCUGAAACUACACAGAAAGAGUUAAAAAAAAACUCCUGCCUCUAAAGGUCAGGAAAAGCAAGGAGCAAACCAACUGGAAGGAAGAAAUUUUGAUGGGAUGAAAAGGUUGGGCAGCUUUAAGAGAUAUUGGGGAAAUACACCUAAAACAAGCUUGGAGCUCACAAGUUACUCAGCUGUAGUGUAAUGUGUGUGUAAAAUUAGUUUAGAAAACAGCACACAUUGGCUAGCACUGCAAGGUCUGGUUCUUCAUUUCAGCUCUUUUGCACAAAAUCUUGUUUUGAAUGAUGGCUCCUAAUGUUUCUCUUUCCUUUCUCACAGGUGAAGGCUAGUUUGGGGAUGUGAGCACAAUGAGCGUAAACCAGCCAACUCACACAGGGCCACCUUAUGGGCAGCCACAGCCUGGAUAUGGAGGAUACCUGCCGCCUGGUUACGGAGGGCAGCCAAUCCCGACCGUUCCCACCUCACAGUAUGGUGCUUACAAUGGUCCAAUGACAGGAUAUCCGCAGACAGCCCCCCCACAAGGUAUCCUUCAUUGGUAUAAAGGGGGAAAUGACCUUUGUUUUUAGAUUCUUUUAAAAAAAAUGUUUACCCUACUUUUUAAUGUUCUGUAUGUGCCCCUGAGGUGGUAGCAACAAAAAAAUUCAAACGUGCAUUUAAAAUAGUCAGUAUAAGGAUUUAUGGUACCACUCUAUUCUUCCCGGUUAGACCACACCUAGAGUACUGUGUCCUGUUCUGGGCACUGUAGUUUAAGAAGGAUAUUAACAAGCUGGAAUGUGUGCAGAGGAGGGCAACCAUGUUGAUAAAGGGUCUGGAAACCAGGCUGUAUGAGGAACACUUGACGGAAUUGGGUAUGUUUAGCCUGGUAAAGAGGAGACUGAGAGGAGAUAUGAUAGCCGUCUUCAAAUAUCUAAAGGGCUAUCACAUGCAAGAUGGAGCAAACUUAUUUUCUCCUUCUCCAGAGGGUAGGACCCAAAGCAAUGGAUUCAAGUUAUAAAAAAGGAGGUUCUGACUAAAGAUCAGGAAGAACUUUCUGACAAUCAGAGCUGUUUGACAGAAGAAUAGACUCCCACGAGAGAUGGUGGACUCUCCAUAGAGGUUUUUAAGCAGAGGUUUGAUGACCAAUUGUCAUGUAUGAUUUAGUUGAGAUUCCUGCUUUGGACUAGAUGACCCUCAGAGUACCUUCCAGCUCUACAAUUCUCUGGAUGCAGAUAAAUGUCCUUUAUUCUUCAUGAUUUAAGAACUUGUGCAUACAAUUAUAUUUCAUAAAGCAAUGGGAGGUGGUUCAGGCGGCAACGCAGUUUCAUGGUUAUGCAUGGGGUUUGGGAGGGCUCCAUGCUUUGGUGGUCCACAAGCAUUAAAGCAACUGGAAGCCCCUAGCACAAAUUUAGCUGCCUAGGAAGUUGUGCUAGAUGCUUAGUUGUUAGUCAGCUGGUGUAAAGAAGUGGGCAUUAAUGGCAGCAGAACUAGCUGAAAGGCCACUUGAAGGAGUAAAGUUUGUGGUGUUAACCUCAGGAAAACUAGCUGCUUUAUCAUGACUUACAGUCUUGGUAUGGGAAUGAAUAUUAGUUCUCUUACCUUUGCACAUGGGAAUCAUAGUGGAGACCAUAGAGAGUUGUGUUUAUACUAGGCUUUAAUGAAGGAAGCUGCUGCAAAGGUAAUAAUAAUAAUAAUAAUUUAUUUAAACCCUGCCCUCCCCAGCCAAGACAGGGCUCAGGGCGGCUAACAACCAAUAAUAAAAACAAGUUGAUUAAAAUACAAUUUAAAAAGAUUAAGAUACAACAUUAAAACAUUAGGGUGCAAUCUCUUCAUAGGAGGAGAAAGGAAAAAGAAAGAGGGGGAGGGAAUCAAACUGAUUCCAAGCCAAAGGCCAGGUGGAACAACUCUGUCUUACAGGCCCUGCGGAAAAAAAUCAGAUCCCACAGGGCCCUGGUCUCAUGAGACAGAGCGUUCCACCAGGCUGGAGCCAGUGUUGAGAAGGCCCUGGCUCUGGUUGAGGCUAAUCUAACUUCCUUAGGGCCUGGGACAUCUAGGGUGUUGCUAUAUAUGGACCUUAAGGUCCUCCGUGGGGCAUACCAGGAGAGGCGGUCCCGUAGGUACGAGGGUCCUAGGCUGUGAAGGGCUUUAAAGGUCAAAACCAGCACCUUAAAUCUGACCCUGUACUCCACCGGGAGCCAGUGCAGCUGGAAAAGCAGUGGGUGAAUAUGCUCCCAUGGCACAGACCCCGUGAGGAGCCUCGCUGCAGCAUUCUGCACCCGCUGGAGUUUCUGGGACAGCUUCAAGGGCAGCCCCGCAUAGAGUGAAUUACAGUAGUCAAGCCUGGAGGUGACCAUCGCUUGGAUCACUGUGGCCAGGUCGGGGCGGGAAAGGUACACGUGCUACAUUUAAUAGUUAUUUAUGUUAAACAGAAAGGUAAUGUUGAUGUUUCAUUCUCAGUUUGAAGGCAUGUGUAAAAUUGGCAGAUAUUUGUGGGGGAGCUUCUUGUUUUAGGGUAGCUUACUGGGUGAGCUGCUCAAUUUGCUCAUCAGGUAGUUCACUUAUCAAGCAGAAAGUUCUGCUGUUUGAGGUGAAUCUUCUCUCUUUUUUGACUUUGGAACUACUCAUCCGUGACGUCUCAUGGCAGGUAGCAAUAAACUAUAUUGAAAAUAAGCAAUGAUUGCUAAGCAGGAGGAAACUCCAGCGUUUGUAGGACUAGCACAAUGCAUUUUAUUUGAAGUUUUCCAAGUCUAUUCUUACUGAUGCAUAUAUUGUCUUUCUAGGUUACUUUCCUUCAAUGGGGUUUCCUUCUAAGGGCUCUCCUGUCUCUCUUGAUUCUGAUGCUUCUUUUACUCCCAACUUCAUAGGUAAAUGCUUUCCUUUUCAUGCACUGUCUCUUAUGAGAAAAGACUGUUUCAGAUGCAUUUCCUUCUGAAACAUUACUCUUGUUUCAUCUGAAAGCUAAGCCAUGUAAUUAUUAGAAUGUGUGGAGCUGUGAUUCCUUAUUACAAGGAAUGUGCAGAUCUCUGGGACACAGCGGUGAGAUCCAACUAAGUUGUACUCAGAGGAGACUUAAAUCCAUUGAUUUCAGUGGGUUUGCUCUUGAGUGUGGCUAAAGGUGGAGAUCACCCUUUGAACAUGAUUCAUUUCCUUCAAGACUUUUUGUAAAGCUUAAAAACAGCAUGUACUCCUUACUUCUCAGUGUGCGUAUGCUGCAGCAGAGUACAUGUUUAUGCAUCUUUCUUACAUGGAAGUGCUAUCACUUCAGCAGACUGAUUAUUUCUAAAGUAAGGAGGAUCAUACAUACUCUGAGCAGGACUGGCGUUGGAUGAAACCCUCUGCCUUUUAUGUAGCUGUAAUCUAGACUACUGUUCAGAGGUAAGGGUUGCAUCCAUUGCGCUGACCAAUUCGCCUCUGGCCCCGCCCAUCACUAGCAUGUAACUGUCAGAAGAUUUUGCAUGAGGAAAUGAGCCCCUUAGGAUGAAAAACUGGUUUACCGCUUUCAUGUCAUAGACUCUCAGCCAGAUGGCUUAACUUUUGAUGGUUGUGCUUCUCCAAUAGAAAUUCUUUCUCCUUUUGAGAAGGAAGUGCAUUAGAUUAUAUGACCGCUGGUGAAAAGGGAGCAGCAAAGCUUAACUUCACCAUAGCUGUAUAAAUCUUUAUAUUAAACUGCGGGAGGCAGUGGAAGACUGGCGUGCUCUGGUCCAUGGGGUCACGAAGAGUCGGACAUGACUGAACGACUAAACAACAAAAGUGCAUUUAUCCUGUACUUUACAUUGUUGAAGUAAUUUGACAAGGCAGUUAACUUUUAUGAGUAGGCCUACUUCUGUUGUUACCCUAAUGGUUUCCCUAACAAUUCAAAAAGGAUAUUAGGCAUAUGUUGUAGUAGCCCAUUGGUAAACCCAUAUUGCCCAAAGGAGAGGAAGCUGAACCAGAGAAGAAGAGUGAUAACUCUUCUUACUGUAAACUACAAAUCUGAGUGGACUUGGCAGAACCUCAAUAGAUGCAUAGAAUGUUACUAGAGGAAGUGAGCAAAUAGAAUUCAAAUCAAAUGAAGUUUUGGUACCUCUUUCUCUUGUAUACAAGCAAGCAGAGCAUCAGUUCCAAAUUGCGUGCAUGUGCACACAGAGAUGCAUCCCCUCCCGUCCCCAUAUCUACUGCCUUCUAAUCCUUUGGUCUGUCAACUCCAAUGACAACCAUUUUUUCUUCUGAGAAGCAGAUGCCACCAGAGAAUCCUGAAAGAUGUGUGUUAACAAUAUCUGUCUUAGAGGAGUAACUAGCUAAUUAAAAUCUCACAUAUUUAGCAAUACAUGGUGAAUACUCAAAAGAACCAGCAAAAGGCAGUCUUCUUCUUUUUUUUUAACAUCUUAUUUGCCCCGAGAUAUAAGAACAAAGUGGUUGCACUUACAAGACACCUGCCUUUCAGCUCAAAAUAUUUAAACUGAUGAUAUAAUCCUGCCAUUCUUAUGUCAGAAUUUUCUGAACUUUGGCCAGAUAAUACAUUAUCCGUGCCAAAAUUCCUAAUUUGUGCAACAAAUUGUCUUUGUUUUACAGUAUUAUUUUUCAGGCCUUUUAAUGAUAAAAAGCUGGAAAAGCUGUACACCUUAACUCUAAAUCAGCUCCCAUAUUUUGGUAAUAGUUCUAAUAUUUCCAGUAAGACUUGUUAGAGAAGAUUCUCAUGCAAAUAAAGAUUGUACACGGCUUGUCGAAAAAGAAAAAUGUUAUAAGUAAUCUGACAAAUCCUUGUCUGUUCCUAUCGUCCACAAUAGUGACUUUUCUUGGGAUCUGAGAUGCUCUUUAAAGCAAAAAAAAAAAAAAAAGCUAGGAACAGCAAGCCUUAUUUUUAAUAGCAUAUUUACAUGCUUCUAUUACUUUUCUGUCUUUGCUGUUGAAAAUCUUGAUAGCUUUCUGUUCUUCCUUGUAUGCAUUUGCUUCCUGUUAAUCUCACGAGAGAUCAUGCCUAGUAUAUUUUAAGUAUCUUCAUAAGUGAGUCCCCGCUUAUUUACUUGUACAUGACUGACAUGCAGUUCAAUAUUUCUAGGUUCCCUGAGAGCUCCCACUACUUCUGGAGCACCUGCUUCAGCAUCUGGCACAUUAGUUCCUCCUGGGCAGCCGGCUUACAGUCAGUUUGGACAAGGAGAUGUACGCAAUGGGAUUCCUGCAUCUACAGCUCCAUUGCAAAGGUAAUUAGGACAACAGUCAUCAGACUCUAAGCCUGUCAGUACAGACAGCGACAAUUUUACAGCCAGAUGCUCGAUGACACACACACUUGUCGCUGCCAACCUGGAAGUGGCCCGAAAAUGGGGUAUGGCAGGGCUUAUGCACACUCCACCAACGCGUGUGGGGGUCAGUAAUGGAACCCCCAUGCAGAAUAGUUGCCGUCUUUAUCAAAUUUUGGGGACAGAGCACCCAUCCACUCCCUGUAGGGCAAAAUGGUGUGUUUUUGGUUUGUUACGUAGAGAAGUUGUUGGGCUGACUUCUUACAGCUACUAAAUGUGGUGGUAACUUUCUAUUUUCUAUAAGCACACUUAAUUGGAUAUACUUCAUUUAUUUGUAAUGCACCAGAAUGCUCUUCUCAAGAAAGUUAGCAAUUAGUAUUAUAGUAAAGCUUUAGAACAAAGGUGAGCAGUACCUCUGUCUCAGUCAAGCAGUCUACUACCCACAGCUGAAUUUGCAGUUAGGCAACAGGGACAAUACAUAGUUCACCACCACGCCUAAUUCAGCCAUGUUGAGCGAGUAAGUUACUCAUCUGGGUAAUCAGACUGCUGCUUGCACAAUUGGGCUGUGCCUUUCUCCCUUCUGCAGAGCAGGAGCUCUGCCUCCACUGCUUUUGCAAAAUAGUAUGUCUUUGAUAGCUACUGUGUAGGCAAAAGCUUGCACAUAACUUUCUUAUUUAAUUUAAUUUUUAUUUAUUAUUUAAUUUAAUAUUUAUACACACACGCGUAACCAAAAGACACCAUCACAGUGGAAAUCAUUAAAAACUAGAAGGAAAAAUAGAUCAAAAAUUAAGUGGGAAGAAAGUGAACCCAUUAACCACAGCUUGCAAGUUCAUAUUUUACUUUGAAACAAAGCAACCACGUUUUGAGUGGUCACAGGCUUUAGGAGUAGGGGAGCGGCAGCAUUGGCACUAGUGCAGAACCCCAGAGCUGCCUCUGCAAGCCACUUACCCACCCUUGUCUGCUUUCCUAAGAACAGAGAUUGCAACCUAUCAUCCCAGGCAAUAAAUUCAACAGAGGGUUGUGAAGCCAGCAGAUGAUGAACUGUGUAGUUUCUCCUUUGCUUUUCAUCUUAGAUUAGGAAAAUUGAAGUGCCUGAACGUCUGUUGCUUUGAUUGAUUGGUGUGCUGCAAAGGGGUUUUAGAACCUUCCCAUUCUGUAAACCGCAGAGCCACUGGGAAAAUCUUCUUCAUCACCACUGUCUCAUCAUCAGUAAUAAUAAUAAUAAUAAUACAUGAGUGGCUCAAGUAACAAAGGACUGUCUUUAUUCUGCUUCCUUUUCUUAGACCUCCUGCUUCUCAACAGUUCAUGCCUGGAACAACGCCCACAUCUGCUACCCAGUCAGCUACUUUCCAGUCAUUUGGGCCACCUCCAACGAGCACACAGCAGCUGACCAAUCAUAUGGCAGGAAUGCAUAUAGGUGGUGCAUCGACCUCUGUUCCCUCCCCAGGUGUACUGGGCUAUGGUGAGUAACCAGAAGGUUUGAAUGCUGCUUGCUCGCAUAGACUGAUUUGGAGUUCCCUUGAGAAGGAUCUUCCAGACUGCUAUGGGUACAAUUACUUCUCUCUUUUGCAAGUUCUAUAAAAUGCAAUAAACAGGUCCCUGUGUUGCAACUAUUGCAUGCUGUCGCAACAGCUCUUAGUUGGAACUCAAGUAGUAUAAUAUAUAAAAUGGUUCCAAGAUAUUAAGCAAGGAAAAAGGACCAACUAAAUUAACUAAGGUUGAUAAUCCAGCGUAGGUCAUACUCGCACUAGAUCCACUAAAACUAUUGAUUUAAGCUACUCAGAGUAUUGAGAUACCAGUCAAAGUAAUCUGGGGUAUUCAUAUUAAAAGAAUCUCUGAGAACUGCAGAGACAGCCCAUUUAAAUGCACAUAGAGUUUGUUAUGUUUGGCCUUUAUUUCAGCUCCACUAAAGACAACAACAACAACAACAACAACAACAACAACAACAACAACAACUGUAGUAGUAGCAGUAGUACGGCAGUUAAAAAAAAAAAGUAUACCGUCAUUCAUCCAAAGAGCUCAGGGCAAAAUUGAAGUGGGAGAACUGCAACUUCAUCAUACUCUCACUUCCAUUCCAUUCUUAAAACUGAAUGUUUUGAUAAGUAGCUCUUUACAAUGGUUUUCUUACCAUAGGAUACCAUAAGGUCCGGUGACGAAUACCAAGUAUUGGUAUUGGUAAUCAUGAAAGUGAAUGGUAAAACCUGCUUGUUAAUAAGCACCUCCAUUUCUGUUUUCUCUCUCUCUCUCCACCUUGAAAUAACUUUGGAUCCAGGGUGAGGGGCUAGUUUACUAAAACACCUCAUGCACACUGGGAGAAGAAGAACACUUUUAUAAAGCAAGAUGUGACCAUAAUUAACUUCUUCUCCUCAGGUCCGCCAACAUCAGUUCCUCCUGCCUCAGGAAGUUUUACUUCGAGUGGAUCUGGGCAGUAUGUGCCCUAUUCAAACCAAGGACCGCCACCUCCUGCUGUGCCCCAUGGAUUACCUCCUACCACCUUGUCUCAGGGUGUUCCUAUGGCACAGCCUGCUAUUUCUGGUCCUCCGUCAGCCCUGAACCUCUCACAUCAAGCUCCUGGGUUUGCCCCGCCGCCUUCAUCUUCUGGGGUCGGUGCUUCCAAUUACCCUCCUGCUGCAGGAGUUUCAAGGCCUCCCCCGAUGCAGGGGUCAUCAUUACCGGGACAAGCAGCUACUGGGCCACUCACUUCCCAGCCAAACCAUGUGACCUCACCACCACCUCAGCCAGCUAUGACAGGGCCACCCCUCGGACCACCAAUGGCAGGCUUGCAAGGACCACCUCCCAGCCAUCCUUCCCAACCAGGAUAUGCACUGCAGCAGAAUGGUAUGUUCAGUACAUUGCUGAGAGAGGGCUAAGGAAUAAAGGUCAAUUGGGUUUUAACACUUGUUAUAAUAGAUGUCUGUGCUAAUUUGUAGUGAGGUCUUUAAAAUACAUUGAAUUCAAUGGAAAUUAGCAACUUGCAGAUAACUGAACUUGGUAGCUGUGUUUCCUCAGGAAGUCAUUCCUAUUAGGAUGUAAAGCAGUUGUAGCCAACAGGCUGUCCUCCAGAUAUUGGACUACUACAGCUAUCAUAACUGAUGGGCCAUGCUGGUUGGAGCUGAUGGGAGUUGGAGUUGAUCUAGUGGACAUCACAUUCUCUACCCUUGAUGUACAGGGUGGUUCUGAUUGCUGUUAUUGCAUCAAGGUUUUUUUCUGUAGUUGUUUAAACAAAUAUAUUUUUCCUGUGGAUUUUAAAACCUAAAUAUAAAGGUGGGGAUUGGCUUGUUAAUCAGCUACUGUUUUUUCCUACAUUCCUCUGAUGGAGACUUCCAAAGUUGAGUUUCCUUUGCUUCCUAGCUCAGUGAACAGUGAGUUAGAAAGUUGCUUGCAACCUGUAUAAGAACUGUUUGCUUCUCUUUGGGGAGGUCUUUUUAUCUUUUGGCCCGUCCUUUUUCCUCUAUACUCAGAAUCAUGCUGUUUUUGGAUUACUUGGUGUACAGAACUGGAUUGUUAAGUCUUGUGGCUACCAAACACACAUAGUUCUGUGUAUGAAACUUCUGAAGAAGGAAUGCAAAAUCUGCCAGCAGAGAUGCGAUAUACGCAAUAGGUUGGAGCUACAGAAACUCUGCCAUAGCAUUGCUCCUGUUGAAAUCAGCGAGACUUAAGUUAGCCACUGCUAACUUACUCCUUUAUUUUCAGAGAGGCUAAAGUGGGACUAAGUUCCUCUGAAUUCCAACCCUUUUCAUUCUAUUUGCAUAGUUGUUUCACCAUGGAGUUAUUUGGAAUGCAUUAGGAUAGAGCAGUGUAAGGCACUGGAACAGAAAUUAUUGGGGAAAGGGUUGCCUUUUCAAGCUGAUUUUCCUUACUGAACUUUACAGUAUUGAAAAAUCUGUCUGCAGGUAUGUUUAUCAGUCAUCUUAAAAUUGGUUUCAUUCUUAGUCAUAUAUCUAAAUCAUAAUUUGAAUUUUUGAAUUUUUAAAAAUUUAUUUCUUGAUAAAUGAUACAGGGGGAAAAAGUAAAAUAAACAAAUACUGAUACAAAAUCAAACAAAACAAAACUAAACACAUAUACACUCUACACUACAAACAUAAACCCCACACACCCCCGUGACUUCCCUCCAUCACAACUCAACUUCCUUUAGUUCAAAUUUGAAUAUUGUCAUUGCAUUUUUUAGAUAAUACAUCUUAUACCCAUUUCUGAUUUAUAUUCUCGCUUAUACUUUACAUACAUAAUCCAUGCAUAUCAACGUAUUCUUUUUAGAGCAGUGUUUUUCCAUAUACUCCUCGAAACAUUGCCAUUCUAAUCUUAAUAUUUGAUUUGUCCGGAGCCUUAUGGCUGCUGUUAACUUUGCCAAUUCUAUAAAUUCACUUAAUAUACAUACCCAAUUUUCUUUUGUGGGUAUUGUCUCACCUUACCAUUUACUAGCAAGAACUAUUCUGGUGGCUGUCGUGGCGUAUAGAAAAAUUGUUUUCUUUUCCUGUGGGAUGUACUUCCCUAAUAAACCUAGUAAAUACACCUCUGCUUUCUUUUCUAUGGGGAUUUUAAGCAUCAAUCAUAAUUGGAAAUUUGUAUUAUCAGAAUCUUGGAAUAAUAUGUAUUGACAAGUGGUUAUAGGUGCUUUUGUGGUGAUGUGUUUACUAUCAAAGUUGAAUUUAUUUUAAUUCUAUUGCAUACUUAAAUCUAGCAUAUAUAUUUUUCAGGGUCCUUUGGACAGAAUAGAGGUACCCAGCCAAACUAUGGACCAGCUUACCCUGGGCCAGCAAAUUAUGGGAGUCAGCCUGGACCUCCACCGCCACCUCCACCAAAACGUCUAGAUCCAGACUCCAUUCCUAGUCCAGUAAGUUGUAUCCAUUUUAGAAAUAAAUAUCCUAUCCUAGAAAGCGAUUCUGAAGAUUAAAAACCUGCCUCUUUGUAGCUUCUAUCAAUUUGUUUCAUUCUUGCUCGCUUUGAACAGAACAAGGCAUGCCUAUGCACUACUGUUAUUGGCAAUCUUGACCAUCUCUGUAUACUUAUAUAAAGAAAUGUAGCGUAUCAACUGGAUUAUCACAAGAUAAUAAUCAUCUGCAGCAAGCCCUGCAAUUACACUACCUGGGAAAGGAUCACAGGAAUUACUGUGAACGGUUGUAAUUCUGUCUAGUUCAUAUCUUUGUCCACGUGAUUGGGCUCGGUUGGAGUAUGUUCAUGUUAGUAAAACAGUAUUUUGAAUGGCUUCUUUGAACUUGCGAAAUAGGGCUAAGCAACUUAACUUUGCUUAUGGCGGGCUAUUAUGCCGCUUCUCGAGUUGUAACAGAAUGGCAUUUGGUCGGUUUUCUAGCAUAUAAUGACCCUUGCUAGGUUAAGGCCAUGUUGUGUAAAACAGCUGCACAGCGCAGUCUGGAUCCAAAGAACUGCACUACAUAGAAUCUUAAGGGAGAAUUACAGAAUUCUUAAGGGAGCUUUGGGCUUGGGUGCCUUGAACACCAGUCUCCAUACUUCAGUGCUGCACGGCCUGAAGACACGCCUCUUUGAAAUUAAGGGGAGUUUCGAAAACAGUUUGUUACCAGGUACCAAGUUCAGGUUGGGAAAGUAAGCUUGACGUGCCCAUGCCCUUGGGCAUGCAGUUUCUUGCCAGCCAGUGAAUGUAGGACUUGCAUGAACCUUGGUGUGAAAACAUGAGGAUUUGUUCUUAAGUUUUAUGUAUUGCAACUCACAUAUGAGAGUUCUGGGGAACACCGCAGCCAUAUAUCCAGUUGUACAGAGCGUCUGCUUGCUUUAAAUUUGGGUGUGCUGGUCUUUUAUCCUCUGAAUUCCAGUGGGGUUUUGUGAAGCCAUUGUUCCAAAGGCCACAACUACAGGCGGUUAAAGCAGCGACAGUGACAGCUGUUUCUCCAAAGUAACUCUUUGUAUGUCCAGCUUUAUGCUGUCGUGCUAACUUAUACUUGUGAAGGAUGAAGCUACAGCCUCCUUUGCUGUAACACUGAACCUGCAGCUUGAAAACUUUGAGAUAUGUUAGUAGCUUUGCUUCCUUCUGUGCUCUUCCUUUAACUGACAUCUCAAAAGGAGUUGCAUGUUCUUGAGCCCGUCGUUCUCCAAAGCUGAACUGAGCAAGCAUGUGAGCUGCCAGCUUGGUCAAGAAUAGUGCUCAUUUUAAGUACAUUUCCAAUGAGGGAGCAAGAUGUGGAAAUAACAAGUAGAACUGAAGAUAAUAAUGUUGUUUCACCUCUUGUUGCAUGAACUGUUGUCCAUUAUACAUAUAUCUAACAGUGAUGGAAACAGGACAGAUAGGAGUAACAUUGCUUGUUAGUUUUGUUUUACUAUUCUCUCUUUUUCCCUUUUGUGGCAAUUUUACUUCUUUUUUCUAUUUUAAAACAAAAAAAAGCAACUCAAUGAGCUGCCACCUCAGCAGAAACCCAGACACAGAAUAGAUCCAGAUGCAAUUCCUAGCCCAGUAAGUGCGGUGUCUCUCUGUCUGUUAUUGUCUGCAUGUUGGUGGCUGCUUGUUUGUGUCUGCAAAAUAAUCUUACUCUUGCUAACUACCCCCUGGUGUUAGUCUUUCAUCUUUAUCCCACCCCUCUCUUUCUGCUCACAACAUUACAAUAAGUAGAAUAAAAUAUGAACGUUGAAAUCCUCUUCACACCACAAAUCAAGGGGCAAUAGAAGUUUGGCAUUAUAAGGUAAUGAAGUGGUAUUUCCUUCUUGAAAUUAAGUAAUUUAUAAGCAAAAUACUUCUGAAUAUUACAUUUGUCAGUUUUGCACUAUGAAUAAUUAUGAAUUCAGCAUUGAAUUUGGCAUAAUCCACUUGGAACUCUUUUUCAGUCCUGCGCUUCUGAAAUGAAUGGUGUGUUUUUUCACAAGGCCCACUGAACUAAGAGGGAAUUUCCAGUGGAUUUGUGCAUAACCUGUAUAAUAUUCCUGGACAGAAGUCCUAAAACUCAUUUUAUUUAUGUCAUUCUGUUACAUUUAAAAAAGGGUUCAAGUUUUAAUUUUUAGUGAGAUUCAGAAGUCAUUAUUUUAACUAAUUUCCCUCCUAAUACAAGAAGUUCAUGAGUAUAUAUUUAAGGGGAAAUGGAGAUGAUAAAUACAUUGAAUUUUCUGCUGUAAUGUCUUGCUUAGGCAGCAGUUUAUUGAAUAUGGUUUAUUAAUGAAAGGUAGUCUAUCACAAUACUAUUUCAGUAACAGACAAAAUGACAAAUUGCAAAUUGGUUUGCAAUUAAACUUGUCAGUGUGGCUUGUCUAUUGCCCCUGCGUUGUUGUGUCUUGGAACAGGCUGAAGUUUGUUCACAACACUUGAAUCUCCUCAGUGCUGUUAACAACUUCAGUUAGUUUGUAGUAUCUUCCCAGCAUGGUCACUCACCUUUUGUACACAGCCUCUUCAUUGGUGUGUUUCAGAUCCAAGUGUAAGGGUAUUUAUUAGUGCUCUUGUUAUAGGAGGCAUACUAGCAAAGGAAUAAAGACAUGAAGGGAAAGGGAGGGUUGAAUACCCUCAUUCGCAAGGUGAAGUAUAUUUCCAUGCUAGUACUUAAAAGCCAUACAGCGGUGGAUUGCCAGAGAAUAUCAUCUUUUCUAUACCUUUUUUGGGAGGAACAAGUACAUAUUUGUAACCCAAUAGGUGGAAAGUAGUUUCAAAUAAUAUUACAUUACCAUUUUAACUUGCCUUAUUGUUUUAUGUUGAAGGGCUGAAAGCAGGAUUAUCCAGAUUUUAAAAACUUGUGGCCGCUCCUUGGGUUACAGACCAGCAACUACUGUGGUUAACCAACUAUUGCUUAAUGGCACGAUUGUUCUUAGAUUUGAAUUGAACUCAGGGUAGUAUGAAUGGUAACCUGAGAUUGCAAUCUGGGCAAAGGUGAGGACAAGUGCCUGAUAAGUGGACCUGAAAGGGCUUUGCAGAAGUGCAUUUUUUGGAGAAGAAACUUGCCAAAGACUGUGGUGGCUUGACAGAUGUGGAAAUUCCUUUCCAGACGUUGGGAUUAGUACGUCCAGAAUGGCCAUAGUAAGAUGAGAAGUGGGAGGGAAGAAUUAGUGUGGCUGGGUGUAAAUUAGCACCCAACUUAGCCUUCUUCCUGAUGUGAAGCUUUUAGUGGAUUUUGUCUUGUUUUGAAAAUCAAUUCAUUAUAUCACUCGCACCUGCAUUCAGAAGUGGCACAGCCCAUACGCAAGUUAUCUUGGUGAAAACUAAAGCUUAACUCUCACGAGUUCUUAAAUUUGCCACUGUAUUGGUUUUGUCUUGUUGUUUAUCAUCUUAACUUGAACCACCUUUUGAAAACAAGCAUACUGGGACAUGGCAAACUACAGUGCUGCCAAAAUGCUUCCAAAAUUCUUGGGUGAUAAAUUCUCAGACAGGCAGUUUGCAACAAAAGUUGCUGAUGAACAAUGAGCAGGAACUUCCUUGGGCCUGGGAUUUUUAGAUUAGUGGACUUAAUAUCUGGAAAUGUAGAGUUUAACAUGCCAAUUGUAUUAUCUUCAAAUUGACUAUUCACUUAUUCCCAAAAUCCUCAUGAUAGACUCCUAAACCAUAUGUAGUUGUUAUUUAGUGAUCGAUUGCAAAUCUUUGGCUACGCUAAAUUUGAAAGUUGCAUUAUCACCAGUUUUUGCACAGCGUCCACUGUACCACUAACUUUCUGCUUACCAUUUUAGAUCCAGGUAAUUGAAGAUGACAGGAAUAAUCGUGGGUCAGAGCCAUUCAUCACUGGAGUCCGUGGGCAAGUCCCACCCCUUGUCACUACCAAUUUUUUGGUCAAAGAUCAAGGUAAAAUAUUCACCUAGCCAAAGAUUUUCCAUAGGUCUAGCCAUGUCGGUCUGUUGCAGUAAAGACAACAAAGUCUCUCAUGAGCUACAGACAAAGAUAAGUAGCAGCCGUUGCCGGAAAAAAGAAGGAAAACAACAUGGCCUUUUGUCAUAGAGACGGUGAUCACAUAGAUUCAAGUGAUACUUGAAGGUGCUCAUACCAUUUGUGUUCAGAACAACUAACUCAACCUGAACAUGAACACAGUAAACAGGUUUUUUUUAAAAAAGUGUCAGAGCUGUAAAGCGACAACAGGCCCCUGAUGCAGGAACUAUGCAUAAAACUAAGUAGGCUUGGAUUUUAUCAGUACCAGGAUGGGAGACUGCCUGGGAACCUGGUGUGUGUUCCAUUAUGAAAUAAAAGGUGAUUAAUAUAUUAAGCUUAAAAAAUAAGACUAAGCUAGAGGUUUCUGAGAACCGCAGAAUUAAAAACAGCAUGUUGGAGUGGGGGCUUGACUUGCAAGGAAAGUUUUAAUUUCUGAAGUUGCAUAAUACCUUUUGGUGUUAGUCGCACAUGGGUGCUUUUCUAAAAUUGAUUAGCUUAUUAUGACAUGAGCUUUCAUUGAAAUAAUCAAUUUCAUAGGGUUAAGUCCUAAUCAUAGAUUAAUCUGAGUAUUUCCCUUACUAUUUCAUAUAACGAGAUAUAUCCGUGCUAGUCACCACCAUCCUGGCUGUGAACCCUAAUGUCCAUACACACAGGAGUCCCUUCUUCCACUUGAAAUUGCCUACAUGCCAGUAUAUUCUUCAGAGGUCCUUCUCCAGGUUCCCCUGUGUCCCAAGGUUAGGUGGAUGGUGACUAGCAAUAUGUGACUGUUAGUCCCCCUUGAGUGUAAAAAUUGAAGAGUUGGGAUACAAGUCAUUGAAAUAAAGUGAUUUGUUUGGUGUUGAUGUACGGAUAGAGUUUUGAUUUUCUUCUUCUCUGUUUUUCAGGUAAUGCCAGUCCCCGCUACAUAAGAUGUACAUCCUAUAAUAUCCCAUGCACCUCAGAUAUGGCCAAGCAGUCGCAAGUUCCUCUUGCUGCAGUCAUAAAGCCGUUGGCUGUACUUCCUGCAGAAGAGGUGAGACUGAUAUCCCUGACCCUUCAGAUAAAAUAGCAAAUUUGUCAGUAGCACCUGUUUGUUUUGUCACCACUCAUACUGUUAGCACUGCUAGUUAAUGAAUCUAUCCAAAUAAAAGUGCUCAAGUAGAUGUUCAAAAUUACUUGCCGUGCAGUUUUCUGUGCUUGUAUUUAUUACCUAAGCACUAGCAAUCUUUAAUGCAAACAUUUGUGUCAUGUUCCACAAGGUUUCAAUGUGUUGCCCAUCCUCUUUAACAUCUAGAUCGGGGUGGGGAAGCUUUUCAGCCCAGUGGGCCAGAUCCUUAGCAGCCAAGUUUGACGCCACUGAGCCUUGGCACUGAUCUCAUGCACCCUUUUUGGCAGGGAUUGGCUCCACUCCUAAGUAAAGAGCUCCAAGUAAAACCAAUCUCAGCAGGGUUUGGAUUUGGUGCAAAAUUUAAAAGGCACGGAAUGUAAGUCCUGCUCUUCAAGGAACAAUUGGGAAUGCAUUUUAAGGCUCCUGGUGGAGUCACUGAAGCUGUGUCCCCAGACCUGACACCAUAUUUACUGUCCACUGUCCCCAAGUCAUAGGGGAAUGCUGCAGAUUUUGUUACCGAAGUCCAGUGCUUUACUUUAUCCCAUAGGAGUGAAUGAAAAGCUGAACAAGACUGUUCGCUGCAUAUCCCUGCCUUCGGUCGCAUUAGAGCAUGACAGCACAAUGAAACCCAAUUUUUUCUACAACUUGUUUCAGCCAUUCAAACCCUUUAAGCCAAAAAAACUAUCUGUAGAGAAAUGAAAGCUGGACAGAUGUUUCGCUUUCAAAAAGAGCUAUUAAUCUAAUUCAGUAGUCUCCUAUCUCAGGCUGAUAAACUGGUUUUUAGAAGCCGAUGCUUAUUGAGGGAAGGGAAAGUUUUGCAGCGGCCACCCAAAAGCCUUUUGAUAGCUUCAUGCAGAGCCUAGCUAUGCAAUACUUUUUUUAAAAUUGGCAGGUGUUGCUUCCAGUGUCUAGGGACUUGUCUGGCAGCUGUGUCCCCCACCUGUUAGGGGAAAUAAGACACUGAAUCAGUUAAUGUUCAGAAGUAUCCAGGAGAAGGGGUGUUAAAGUGAGACUAGCAAAACCCAACUUUCAGAAUGGUUGAAAUGUUGCACCUGUCCUUUAGAGAUGUUUGCUCCUUAGUGCAAGGAGGCUUUUGGAGGCCUUGAAAAGGGGUACUUGCUGCCUUAAGGACUUCAUUUAUAGCCUCCCCAGUGGCAGCACACUACAUAUUUUUUAUAAACACAAGUAUGGAUUCUGGUUCUCUAAUAUGAAUAAAAUGGGUCCAUAUUUCUUACCUCUUAAGAGUAAGAUGCUCUUAAUCAAACAUAAGUUGUUUCAAGCAAGGAGCUUGUAAGCUUUUAGCUACACUAAAAGUUAUGCUAAAGAAUGGGUUUUCUUUUCUUGGGACCGAGAGCAUGAUAAGAAAAGAUAAGGGAUUUGCUGCUUGGUAUAGUCUUACACAGCUGAUCUUAUAUUACAGGACAGAUGUAGGAAAAGGCAAGUUGCUUUGCUGACAUGAAUGCUAGAGCAAAGUGGUAGAAGGCAUGCUCCCAGAUAUCACCUGUUGAGGAAAAGGGAAGCUACUUUAAAUAGCACCAAUGUCUUUCCCCCCCUUUUUUUCCAGGCUCCUCCUUAUUUGGUAGACCAUGGAGAAUCAGGCCCUAUCCGAUGCAAUAGGUGUAAAGCCUACAUGUGCCCUUUUAUGCAAUUCAUUGAAGGUGGAAGAAGAUUUCAAUGCUGCUUCUGUAGUUGUGUCACUGAGGGUAAGAGUUUUUGAUUAAGAAGCAGUUCUAGAGGGUGGGGCGGGAGAUGGUUCUAUUUCGGCCGGAAAAAAGUGCAAAGACGGUUAUCUAAUGGUAUAACAAAUCCCUAUUUUAAUGGUAAUUGUAAAAUUCUGGGCAAAUCAAUUAAAAUGCUCUAGCUGAAGAGGCAUGCCACUAGACUCUUGAGCAAUUUUUCUUGCUUUAAAUAUUCCUAAACUUUGGAGCAAGUCUGUGCAUCAAACCUGUGUAUAUGUACGGCAUUCUUCAGUUUUAGUAUACCUGCAGACCUGAUUAGGUAACACUGGUUGUAGCAGACUGUUCUUUCCAUGCUGUGCCUAUACUAAGACUUGGUUUGUGAGUAUACACAUAAAAAUCAGGGAAUUUCAGUUUCAUGAGAAUCCCUGCGUAAUUGGCUGACUGCAAUAUUCAUUAACAUGGAACUGCUCCAUUAUUUAAAGCGGUCCGGGUAAAUGACAAAAAUAGGAAAUGUCAUGCAUGAAAUUGGUCCAUAGCUGGCCAAAUCGCAAUAAACUGGAUCCAGGAGGCCUUUGAUAGUUGCAGUUUCUUUCUUACUGGUGGUGUUUUCCCAAGUGUCUUAUCAAAAUCUUCCUGGUUUGGUACCUGGAGUGCCCUUCCUUACCAUGGUAAACAUCAUGGUUACCCAUCUAGGAAAUUGCAUGUAUUUGAGCUUCUCUCUUUUCUUCUCCCCUUCCCCUUUCUUUAGUGCCAUCUCAGUACUUCCAGCACUUGGAUCACACGGGCAGGCGGGUGGACUACUAUGACAGACCUGAGUUAUCAUUGGGGUCCUAUGAGUUCUUGGCAACUGUUGACUACUGCAAGGUACGAUGACUUGUAAGCACAGUGUUGGGCUAAGUAAAUGUCACUUUUGCCCCAUUGCUCAAGGUAGGAACAAUAGACUUUUAUGGGUUUGUUCUUGAAGUCCUUAAUUCUUGAACUCCCUUAAUUCCAAGGGAGAAAAAGUAUUUUCUUGAUGAUGACCCAAAUAACAUAAUGCACUGCACCAGGUUACCAUUGUCAGAUGUAUGAAACUAGAAGGCAAAGUACACAAAGUAGUUGUCUGCUUACCUAAGAGCUGGACUCUAGGCUCUUAAACUCUUUACAUGCAUUUAAUAAGCUUAGGAAAUCCUGUCCAGGGCGUGAGCUGAUGAAUGCUCACAUAUGUUUUUCUUUUACUGGUGCAUUGGUCAUUCUCUUCCUUUGAGUUCUCAAGGGAAGAGGGUUUAAAUCUGUAGAAAAACCACUGGGAGAGCAACUUUGCUCUCUGAAUGUGUAAUAUACGUUUGGGAAUUCUCAACUCAGAACAUACAUCCUACCAGGUUCUUUAUAAUUACCCACCUCGUUCUAGUGUGGUGAUGCUAAGGAUCAUGAUGUGAUUUUUUCCCCCUGUCGCUGGCAUAAGAAGCAUAGUUAUCAAGGCAACAGUGGACAAUGGAAGUGGAGCUAGUUGCAGAUAGAACUGUAUACAGUUUUUGUGUUCAGUGUGCGAAAUACAUGUUAAUAAUAAAUGCUUAGUGAUGGUGUUUUCGUCUUCUCUUGUCAGAAUAACAAGUAUCCCAACCCCCCUGCUUAUAUUUUCAUGAUCGAUGUAUCAUACAAUGCAAUAAGAAGUGGCUUGGUAAGGCUGAUCUGUGAAGAGUUGAAGACGCUCCUGGACUACCUGCCCAGGUAACCAUACAGAUGAGAUUCCAUUAUAAAGGAAUGAGUAGGAUGAAUGUGGAAUGCAAGCUUCUCAAAACAUUCUCAUUGUGUGGAACCAUAACCGCGUUGCCCAUUUAUUUAUUUAGAAAAUAUUUAGUGAUUUGCCUCUCAAUAAAAUACUCACAAUGUGGGAGCAUUUGACAAUUGUAUGCUUUGUUUUAUUUAUUUGUAUAUUUUCUUUAUCUGCUAGGAAUUUUCAGUUGAAUGCUGCUUGUAGAAUCUGGAGCAGAAUCAUAUGGUGCCACUAUUAUUUAAGCUUACGCUGCUUUACUUUGCAUGUGUGUUUUCAUGGCGUAUUUAAUUUAUUCUCUCCCUUUUUUUCCUUUUUGGGAAAAAAACAGAGAAGGAAACAUGGAAGAAUCAGCCAUCCGUGUGGGCUUUGUCACCUACAACAAAGUUCUGCACUUCUAUAAUGUGAAGAGCUCUCUGGGGCAGCCACAAAUGAUGGUUGUGUCGGAUGUAGCAGAUAUGUUUGUCCCUCUGCUCGAUGGUUUCCUGGUGAAUGUUAAUGAAUCCCGCACAGUUUUCACUAGGUAAGUAGGAGCUGGUACAGAUCAAUCAAUGGUUUGUAUGUCCUGUUACAUACAGUAGCUAUCGUGGAACACAUAUUUCUAAGGUUCUUUUGCCCGUGUACAUAAGCUUAAAGAAAAUGAUGUAUUCAGUACUGAAACCCAUAAAAAUAAUUGUGGUUUUUGAGGAUGAGGUAGAGAAAGGGAGCGUCUCUUGUGGUGGGCUGGUUUACCCGCUGUUGUGAGAGCUUGCACUGCCUUCCUUUAUAGAUAUAGAAGAAGUACAGUGGAUGUUGGUGGCACCUAGGUCGGGCUCCUGGGUGGCGUCUAGGAGGUCACAAUGGCAGAGCCUUGGCAGUGACUCCCUGUGAGGUCCUCCUCCUCUGCCUUGCAAAUAAAUAGUGAACAUCUAAGCAGUUUGCUGUGUUUGCUUCACCAAAAGUGACCUCUCCAGAGCACAAGCCUGAGUAGUGUGUUUGGAAGUCCUGGGCUGCCAGACAACAAUAUGUGCUUGGCAUCUUGGUUCGGAAUGGGUCCCUGCUGUCACACUUGCUCUCUGGAAUUCCCUCUCCUCUCAGCCUUGGUGUUUUGUUGUGUGACAGGGCCUUGGCUUUGGGGAGGGGGUUCAGAAUCUUGGCAGGGCUUUGUCCCACUUUGCCUGUAAAAGGAGCCUCCCCUGAAAAAAGGUCAGGCAAUUGGAAAAAGAAGGUGAAUACAUGACCUAAAACCUGCUGUUCCAUAUGCAGGGAAAGGAAGUAAGCACCUUUUCCCAGAAGCUGUUAAAAUGGCCAAACAUGUCAUAUCUUUAAUCUGCAUAGUAUCAGUUUCCACUGACUGGAAUUGACCUAGUGAAUUUUACAUGUCUCUUGACUUGCACUUCCUUGAUUUGCAGCUUGCUGGAUCAGAUACCAGAAAUGUUUGCUGAUACAAGAGAAACAGAAACUGUGUUUGCCCCAGUAAUUCAGGCUGGCAUGGAGGCUCUGAAGGUUUGUUCAGCAUUCUAAACUGACUUCUAACAUCUCUUUGUUUUGUGUUGUAGUAUUGGAACCUCUUUCCCAGCACUUCCGAAAGUUGCUGAAGUGUUGACAGGAGGUCAUAAAUGUAUGAAGCAUUUAUGGAAAUGUAACUAAUUUACAAUUAAAAGUGGCUUUUUAACUACAGCUUGCCUUGCAACUUAUAGGAUAGUCUAACUGGUAAAAACGGGAAAAAGCAAAGAGGUAUUCUGUUCCGUGAGCACAGAGGAUCUUGCAAAGUGGAGACGGAGUUGGGUUUCAGGAAUGCGUUGAAAGCAAGAAUUUGAUCUAUCACUGCACACUUACCAUACAUUUCUAGUGAACUGUUUUAAAAAUUGUUCAUUACCAGCGGUAGCAAACACAGUCAUGAGACUUCUCAAUAAGCUUUUGUGGAUUGUAUGUCUCCAAAGAUAAGAACGAUUUUCCCAUGCUUUUGAGCCUGACAUAGAAGUAUCACAGCACUGUACAUCUUCAUGGCCUUUUGGUCCCAAUGUCUACAUCCCCCAUACCCAUUUUGCAAGCACAUACAAAAAUCUGCCAACACUUCAUGCAUCACAAGUAAGCUCUAGUCCACAAAAACCUUUAACAUAAUACAUCUGUUUGUAUUUGAGCUUCCACGGGGUUCUUGGUGGGUGCUUUUCUUUUUCAAGGAGUUAAAUUAUCUGAGAGCGCAUUUAUAGGAACUGUAGAUGGGCAGUCAGAAACCUGGUGCUAUGUUUUCCCUUUUGAAAGCUGCUUCUUGCAGUCUCGGACUUCUAACCUGUUUGAAUGGUAUGCUGAAGUUUUGGCAAACCUGCCAAGUUAAUCUGACAAACGUACAAGCCGUAUAUGUGUAGCUGGUUUUUAAGCUGAGAGCUGCCAAGUGUGGCCCCUUGCCCCAUUCAUAUGGCCACUAUUCCCUUCCAAAGUUUGUAACAGAAAAACUUUGGUCUUCUGCUUUCAGGGGUAGCAGUCAGGCUUCUGGGCAGAUAUGGUGGGCUUCAGUAAUGGGCACACGUAAUGAGCUUGUGGCUACUAGCAUUUGCUCUAGUUUCUUUGUUCCCUUGUUCCCAAACAUCUGGGGCUCCAAAUACAUAUUGCAGCAUAUUGAGACUGCACAGAGCACUGUCAUGGAUGACAGGCCAUGUAAAGUAUUUUAGGCCUUUGUUCUACUUGUAGGGGAGCCGAAUUGCUUUUUAUAGCAGACAGCACUCAGUAUCUUAAAAAAACGUAUGUUUGGAGAACAUGGUUGCUGAAGGCAGACCCAGGGUCACUGAACCCAGAGUCCCUCAGUUAUAUUUGUGUCUUACUUAAUGGCUUUUGUAUGCUUACUUGCAGGCAGCAGAGUGUGCUGGCAAGCUCUUUAUAUUUCAUACAUCACUGCCUAUUGCGGAGGCCCCAGGGAAGCUGAAGAACAGAGAUGACAAGAAACUGAUAAACACUGAUAAAGAAAAGGUAGCGGGACUUGUGUUCUGUGGGUUGCAUUUGGCUUUUCUUCACCAGUGGGUUCAUUUAAAGAAAAAUAUUUCCUUGUUAACUCCUCUGCCUGCUUUUCUUCCAUUAUACUUUCCUGUUUACAGGAUGCACAUUUCACACAAGCACACCAUGCCUUAUUUUCUCUCCUGGAAAUCACCUGAAAUUCUCAGCAACGUGGUCAUUUUCAACAUUUGAGGGACAUACCGGUUCAGAAAGCUGUACAGAUCUCUUCCAUUAGUUGUAACCCCCCUGCUGUAACUUGCAGCAAAAAAAUGAAAUGAUUGUUUUUAAAUGUGGUGAUUCCUAAGAGAGGCAGUAGUUAGUAUGAAAGCAUGUGUUGUCACUUUUUUUCAGCUGUCAUACAAGAAAAAAAAGAAUCCUAUAUAUGUAAAACAUUUUAGCAGAACUCUUAGAACCAAAUUUAACAUUUAACUGUGAAUAUUCACCCUGCCUCUUGAGGUACUCUGAAUAGCACUUGGGAAGAGAGUUGUUGAGAGAGCCUUCCUUUUUUUAAACAGGAAGAUGUGCACACAGACCUGCUAGUUCCCAUUCUGAGCAGAGGAGCUGAGCUUGCUAGUUCAGAACAAAGCUAUUUGCAAAGUGUUUUGUUUUAUUCUAAAAUGGUUUCUGUAGCUUGUUUCUUAAAGGACAUGCCAGGCAGGAUUAUUUUUUUUAAAAAGCUCUUUCCAGUAGUUCCCCACCUAAACUUUCCUCUUUUCCUCUUUUCUACCCUUGUAGCAUCCUAGAAACGACAGUAAUUCGUCAUACAACAAAGAAUAACCUGCAGUUAUUAGAACAGGGGUCCCCAAACUAAGGCCCGUGGGCCAGAUAAGGCCCAAGGGACUUGUUUAUCUGGCCUGCAGCAACCCCCACUGUUGCAUCCCGCUCUUACCGGCGCUGUGCUGCGUGGCUGCCCACUUCCGGGUCGGAGGAGCACCGGAAAUAGGUUGUGCGCAUGUGCAAGUGUUAUUUCCUGUGCACAUCCGUAUUGGAGGAGGCCUGUGCACAUGCUAUUUCCGGUGCUCCUCCAACCCGGAAGUGGGACGGAAAUAGCAUGUGCGAACGCAUAUGGGUGCGCACUCCCCUGCCCUCCAGCCCGCCGCGUGAUAGGCGCUGGAGACACUGGCCUGAGGCACAGUAAUUUUGUGCUGACCCCUGUAUUAGAAUAUAGCAGUACAGUGGUAUCUCGGUUUUUGAACGUCUCCAUUGACAAGCAUUUUGGUUUUCGAAUGCCGUAAACCUGGAUGUAAAUGCUUCGGUUUUCAAACGUGCCUCGGAAGUCGAACAUGCCACGCGACUUCCAUGUUGAGGCUUCCAUUUUCAGUUUUGAGUUUUCGAAUGUUUCGGAACUUGAAUGGUCUUCCAGAAUGGAUUACAUUCGAAAACAGAGGUAUCACUGUAGUGUAAGCCUUGGAAAACCUGAGACGCUGGAUCAAAAAACUCUGUAGAGGACCUUACUUCCUUUUGCAGGUUACUUGAGUUACUUGUUUAUCUAGUUCUGAUUUUAGUGAUAUUUUGUGCUCUUAAAUUGUGGGUAGUAGGUUUUUUUAGGUUUCAAAAUUGUGAUUUAUUAUAUUUGCUAAGUUGUAAAUCACUUGGUAAAUCUUUGGCUUAAAGCAUGCUGUAAAAAUAUUUUACAUUAAGAAACUUUGCUAAAAACUGGUUGAAAAUUCAUCAGGGGUCUUGCAAAGCUGGCCUUGUGUGGAGUGUUCCAACAUUGUCAUCAUUGAAGGUAGAACGUUUUAAUGUCCCCGAUGUACUGCAAGACAUCACGUAUUGUGCCCUGUGGUUGGUUUUGCUUCUUCUUUUUUGUCACAUGAUCAGGAAUAGCGAGUAGACCGUAAACCUGCUGCAUCAUAAAUUGUCAAUUAUUAAUCUUAUUUCUUGUCUCUCUGCUCCUCUUUUUUCCCUUUUGCCUCCCUAGACUCUCUUUCAGCCUCAGACAAACUUCUAUAACAACUUAGCCAAGGAAUGUGUAGCACAAGGCUGCUGUGUGGAUCUCUUCCUUUUCCCAAAUCAGUAUUUGGAUGUGGCUACCUUGGGGGUUGUUCCUCAUCAAACAGGUGGCUCCCUUUAUAAGUACACAUUUUUCCAGGUAUGAUCUAUCUUUGAUUUGAUGCCUGCAACAUAUAAAUGAUUUAAGUAGACAGUAGUUGCCCUGCUGAUCUCAGAGGAGAGUAGAUAAAAAGCUGGAUUAACUUUUUCAUUGGACCAGUUUGGGUUUUUUAGGAGUCUGCAAGCCUUUUCCAGUUACACGAAGAACAGUUCUCUUGUUGUUACUUACUAGCAAUGCUGCCCUGCUUCAUGAUUUCUCUGAAACCUGUUGGCUCAGCAGUCCAAUUUGACUUACCGUUUGUACAUGAUGAAAUGUACAAUUGACAUUUUGUCACGGAUAGAUGAAAAACGUACAGAAAGAGCAAUGGUUUCUUGCAGUGAUUCUCUUUCAGAAGAGUGUCUUGGCUUUCAGGUGAAUUCCUGCAAUCAGCAUACACUAAAUAUGGGUUUAAUUUCCAUCUUAAUACAGUGGUGCCCCGCAAGACGAAUGCCUCGCAAGACGGAAAACCCGCUAGACGAAAGGGUUUUCCGUUUUGGAGGUGCUUCGCAAAACGAAUUUCCUAUGUGCUUGCUUCGCAAGACGAAAAUGUCUUGCGAGUUCCUGCAGGGUUUUUUUCCUCCCCCCCCCCCCUUUUUCCCAAGCUGCUAAACCGCUUAUCAGCUGAUGGCUAAGCCGCUUAUCAGCUGAUCUUUAAGCCGCUUAACAGCUGAUGCUAAGCCGCUUAUCAACUGAUCUUUAAGCCGCUUAACAGCUGAUGCUAAGCCGCUUAUCAGCUGAUCUUUAAGCCGCUUAACAGCUGAUGCUAAGCCGCUUAUCAGCUGAUCUUUAAGCCGCUUAACAGCUGAUGCUAAGCCGCUUAUCAGCUGAUCUUUAAGCCGCUUAACAGCUGAUACUAAGCCGCUUAUCAGCUAAUACUGUAGCGCUAAGCGCUAAACCUCUAAUGGGCUUGCUUCGCAAGACGAAAAAAUCCGCAAGACGAAGAGACUCGCGGAACGGAUUCUUUUCGUCUUGCGAGGCACCACUGUAGUACAAAAUAAAGCAUAGCUUACUGAAUGACGGCCCAGAAUUUUUAGUUUGUUUAAAACAAGCAGCCUUCACGUUGUGCCAAAAUGCCAUAAAGAAGGCACCAGGUGAGACUCUCUGGAAGGCCUCUCCCAUGACUGGAUUGCUGACACCAGUUCUCUCUCUGUAGUAGCCACCCACCUUGCCUCAUUUUUGUGGGGAGGGCAGCAAUGGGCACAAAACAGCACCUCUUAAGAGAAGCUUCAGGUUUAGGUAUAUAUGCAUGACAGAAGACCAUUUUUCAUGUAACCUGGUCCCAAGGUCCUAAGGGCUUUUAAAGUUAAAACCAGCACUUUAAAUUGAGCCCAGAAAUGAACUGGGGAGCCAAUGGAUCGUUGUAUAGCUUGCAGAUAAUGGGUUUCUUUAAAACUGGAGGUGUGCUUGCAUAUUUUGUGUGUUAAUUUAAUGGGAUAGGGUUUGUUCCUGGAGAGAGUCUAGCAAGAUGAUCCUAGGACUGAAGGAUAGUAGCACUUUUAAUAUCCCUGGGGCACCUCUGUACUUCUUGUGUGACACCUGCUGUCUGUCUCUGUACGCUAGGUGGAAACGGAUCAGGAACGCUUCUUGAACGAUUUGCGCAGAGAUGUUCAGAAAGAAGUGGGCUUCGAUGCUGUGAUGAGGGUCCGCACAAGCACUGGUACGUACUUAUGAAGAUGCUGUCUGGAUUUUAGGAGUGUGCAGGGGUCUAGCGCUCGAACCUGCGAAAGUUAGGAUGCCCUAUACUGCCAGGAUCAAUCCCUUUUGCUCAGUGGUAAAAAGGAUUUCUUACCACGUGUUCUCUUGCCUCCCAGGUAUUCGCGCAACAGAUUUCUUUGGAGCUUUUUACAUGAGCAACACCACAGAUGUGGAAUUAGCCGGCCUAGACUGUGACAAAACAAUCACCGUGGAGUUCAAACAUGAUGAUAAACUUAGUGAAGAAAGUGGAGCACUUCUUCAGGUGAUGCAUGCAAGAUGGGCGAUAAUGGGUCGUGUUUUCCCUCCCUUAUUCCAAUUCUUAUUUAGCCCCAAAAUAUUCAGUGCUGUUUAGGCCUUCAGCCAUUUAAGCACGGCAGUUGUGUCAGAUUUGUUGGAAGCCCACGCAGUGGUACCGAACUUUCUUUUGCAUGCUAACGGUUCUGCUUGUAAUUUCUCUCUCAUGUAGUGUGCUAUAUUGUAUACAAGCUGUGCAGGACAGAGGCGACUGCGUAUUCACAACCUCUCCUUGAACUGCUGCACUCAGCUGGCUGAUCUUUAUAGGAACUGUGAGACGGACACACUUAUCAACUUCUUGGCCAAAUUUGGUAAGGGGUUGACCUGUAACAGUUUCCUGGAGAAGACAACUAUUCACAAGAAGCUUUGGGAGGGAACAUUCUUCUUGUACUGUGAAUAUAGUUUAAUGUAAAUGGGUGUGUGCUGCCUUCCAAGUGAAUGUAGUUAAAGACAAAGUCAAAAUAUUCUUCUUCAGAUACACUGGAAAAAGCAAGGAAUCCUAUUUCUAUUAAGACCAGAUAUGAAAACUAUGGAGAGGCCUGGUCUUAAUAGAGAUAUUGGAUUCCUGUCUUAUUACAUAUGCUAAUCAUCUGCAUACUAUCCCUUGCUUUUUCCUGUAGGACUAAUUGCCAUCGUUAACAGUCAUCAGCAGGUUUACCAUACUCAUUGAGUCAAUCACCCAUCUCCUACUACCCUCCUGAGAAAAACCCCACCCUCCAACUAUAUAUAAGGGUCUGCUGACUUCUGUUUCAGUGUAUCUGAAGAAGUAUGCAUGCACAUGAAAGCUUAUACCAAGAACAAACUUAGUUGGUCUCUAAGGUGCUACUGGACAAUUUUUUUAUGUAGUGAAAGACAGUUUGCACAGUGGGUGGUAGAUCUACAUAUAAGAGCAUCCUAACCAGGACUUGGCAAUAGACUAACCUGCUUUGACUAAGCUUGUUCUCACAGUGUCUUAAGACCAUGGCUAAUGAUAGAAAAAAAACCUUGCUUAUGUUUUCUCCCAGCUAUUUCAGCCUAUGACAAAUUUAUCCCCUCGGUUUGCCAGCAUGCGUGUGAUUUAGCACUACAUUACAUCAUUGUGUGGCCUGAAACCAUGGACUCGCCUUUAAGAGAGGCUGCCAAAAUAAACGCAUGGAAUGUAUCGGCCAUAAUUUUUAUUGAAAGCAAGAGGGCUUAAUGAAGUAAUCAGAUAUCAAGUAAAAAAGCCUGAUCCGAGAAACACAACAUGCAUAGCUCCCACUAUCAUCCAUAUCUUUCAUAUUUGGACAGGGAGAAACAUCUUUUGCAGGAAGACCUUCAUCUUUUAAAAUGUCAUCAUAUCUAUAAAGUUAAUUUUCCUGUUUAAGAAUGAUCCAUUUAGAAUGUGCAGGUUGGCUACAUUACUAUACAAAUAAACAGAUUCUGGGGUAUAGAACUUAAUAUACGUGUGCCCAGAAGUAUGCUUCUGAAUUCCAGUUGCUGGAAAGCACAAGAGGAGAAAAUGUUCUUUUACUUGGGUCCUGCUUGUGGGCUUCCCAUAGAACAAGAUGCUGGACCACUGGUCUGAUCCAGCAGGCCCUUCUUUAUGUUCUUAGGGGAGGCUAAUUUUUUUAUCUGUAAGCCACCUCAAGUCCUGUCAGGGGGAAAAGGUGGGGUGUAAAUAAAUAAAAUAAUAAUAAUAGAACUGCUAAGCAAUAAGUGCUAAAAUCACUGAUGUCCAUGGUGAAAGUGUGUUUAGUAACAAUUGAUCUCUCUUUAUCAAGACAAAGCAAUUAAGAUUACUUCCUCCCCCCCCCCCAUUUCUCUAACACGAGGAUCUAUAGUGGAGAAGCAUGUAAUUUACAUGCAGUAGAUCCCAGGUCCAGUCCCUGACACCCCCAGUUAAAAGAUCUAUUGAUAGCAGAGCUGGGAAAGGGUCUGCCUUAGGCUUUGGGGAGACACUUCCAGCCAGUGGACAGCACUUAACUAGGUGGAGCCAUGGACUGACUCAGUCCAAAGCAGCCUCAUAUUACCACAGCAGCACAAGAUACCUUGUUGGUGGUUUUCCAGGCGACUUAUUUAAAUCUUUUUUACAUCAGCUUGCAUAGGACUUUCUAAGCAAGAUGUUGUUCUUUUCCUAAAGCAUAUCGUGGAGUUCUGAACAAUCCAGUCAAGACAGUGAGAGAUACGCUGAUCAAUCAAUGUGCGCAGAUACUGGCAUGCUACCGGAAAAACUGUGCUAGCCCUUCUUCUGCUGGACAGGUAACUCCUUGGUUGUGGGGUACUAAUCCUGAAUUGGGAGGCUGGGAGAGCAGCCAGAAGUAGUCUGUCUAAUAAUGAUGCUAACAUGGAAAGGAACCUUCUGGCUCACUCCUUAGAACUGCGUUCCAGAUAGCUGCUUUGUGAAAUAGGGUAGUGGCUGCAGCCUUCCUGCAUUUCAUGAACUUUAUGAAACCGAGAAAUGAACCUGAGUUAUUUUCUUGCAAUAACUUUAAUCUUACUAUAGCACAGUGAUAGUGAAGAUACUUCACCAUAGUAUUGCAGGUGAAAAGAACCUGAAAGGCUAUGUAAACCCCAACACAGGGGCAAAUCCAUUCACUAUCUCCGAUCAACAUACGCAAUCCAGACCAUAAUAUGCCUUGAGCUGCAAGUGGUUGUAGAAGCAAUUGCUUUUAUGGCCGUUUACUUCAAAGGCCCCUGCCUAUAAGCAAGCCACAUGCUACAGAAUAUGCAGUAUGUACUAAGCAGUGUUCAAGGAAGUUGUUUUCAGGUCUCUUCUGAUAUUUACGAUAGGUUGCAGUUUUAGUCUGAAAUACAGCAGUAGAAAUUAAAGAAUCUCCUGAAGUAGUUACCCUGAUCUUUGUUAAAGACUGACGGUUUUCUUUCUUUUACAUCAGUGGUGUCCAAACUUUUUUCAAAGAGGGCCAAAUUUGAUGACGUGAAGGGCCAGAAGGGCCAGAAGGGCCAACCAUAUUAGCUGAGUUUUUUUUAGGAUUGAAGUUGUUGAGCUUUUUUUUAGGAUUUUACCCCAGGAUUAAACUAGACAUACCUGUUUUGCAUCUAUGCCAAUGUUAGCAGUGAUUCUCUUCAAUUUUUACAAAGUUAAAAUGCUCGUAAGUUCUCUUUCUCUCUGCCACCCCUUCCCCUAACGAGUGAUUUUCUCUAAUUUCGUCUCUUGCCACUUUCAGCUGAUUCUUCCUGAAUGCAUGAAACUGCUCCCUGUGUAUCUGAACUGUGUUUUGAAAAGUGAUGUGCUUCAGCCUGGGGCAGAAGUCACCACUGAUGACCGAUCUUACAUCCGCCAGCUAAUCACCUCCAUGGAUGUGGCAGAUACAAAUGUUUUCUUUUACCCCAGACUCCUGCCACUGGUAAGCACUUCUGUACAUAGAAAACUUGUAAUUGCUUAAACAUACAACGCAUGGAAUAAGGGGGAAUUAAGAUUUUUGGGUGAGGCUGCUUUGUCUAAAUUGGGAGUACUUGUAACUUUAAAAAUUGUAACAUUUCUUGUGUCAGAGCUCUGACACAUACAGUUGUGUUUAUGUCAAGACAUGCUGCCUGCAAUAUAAGGAAAUAAAAAGUAUUGUUCUCCCUGGUACUGCAAGAGUAUCAGGAGACUCCAUGCACAGUGCUACCCUUGAGCUCAGCCUGUUAGUAGUCUUGGGAAAUUAGGCGCAAGUGUCUGAACAAGGAGCUGUGAUUCCUGUGGAAUACCACACAAUAUCCCUCUGCCACACUUUCCAGCUGUAAACCUGGAACCGCAGCAGGAUGUAAGGAAGGCAGUGCAAGUCCACUAAUAAGGGGAAGGUCAGCAUCCUGGAGACCACAACUUUUGGUUGUGUACUAACACCAGCCAAGAAUUGUUGAGCCCUGUUUGCAUCCCCUUGAUACAGGGAAAUUGGGUCAUAUUCUCAACCAGGUCUGCCAAUGUAAAGGUUACUAACAUCUUAGGGCAGGUGUCUGAAGGGGCAGCGCCUCUUUCCCAUAUCAUUUUGGCCAGGUUUGAGGUUAGCUGGGAAGGCUGUUCUGGCGGUGCCAUUGUUGCAUGAGAUUAGGAGAUCCGUGGCUCACCAGAGAACUUCUCAGCAAUAGCACCCCAGCUAUGGAAUAUUCUUUCCCACCCAUGAGGCGACUGUCAUGUGCAGCAGGAUCGUCAGGGGCAGAAGAUCUGGGCUCUAAGGAAUGCAUUGCCUCUGCUGCUGGCACUUCCACUGCCACAUUGGCAAAGUCACAGUUGCAGCAACAUCUGCGGCACAUUCUCUGGAGGUCAGAUCUUCUACCUCAGCAGCCAUGCAGCCUCUGUAGCAGCCUCUUGGCAAACAACAACAACAACAACAACAACAGUUUUAUUAUUUAUACCCUGCCCAUCUGGCUGGGUUUCCCCAGCCACUCUGGAGAUUUCCCUAGGCACUGCUGGUCUCCUCCUACCCCUAGGGAGGAAAUGGCGUAGGCUGGGUCUCCUGGGCUCUGCAACUGCUUAGCGUGAUUCAAAUCAGGCCCCUUUUCCCCCUGUGACAACUUUUGAUUCAACCGGUGGGUAAGGUUGGUUUGAUUCCCUUGUUCCCAGUGUAGAUUUUUAUUUCCUCCUCAUUCUGUUGUAGAUGCGUGUGGUUCACCUCUUCCACCACGCUUUCUGAGUGGGCCAUUAUGCGCCUGGGAGCUCUUUGUGCACUGAGUUACAUUGCCAUUCUACCUGAUAUAUUUUGUGAAGUGUGGUCAGUUUUGUUGUUACUGCGUUUAAAAUGGUUGUGACUUACCCCCAAGGUCCCAUGUAAUGGGGUGGGAUAUAAACCUAAUACAUGAAGCAAAUCGGCUUGGUCCAGUCACGGACAGCAGCUGCCCAAGAUUUCAGACAGAAGUCUUUUCUAGCCCAACUUGGAGAGGUUGGGGGUUGAAUCUGUUCCCAUUUGCUUUCAAAGCAUGUACUGUACUGCUGAAUUACAACCCUCCUCCUGAACAUGUCUUUUUAAACAAAAGAUGGGAUUCUGAGAGUUUUGCAAUGAUUGCCACAUUCUGUCCCAGUCUGUGUGAUUCAGUGGUCAUUUGCAAAACCGUUCAUCCUGUUUAGUACUGUUGUGAACUUGCAAAUGUCCUGCAGCACAGUGACUCCAGUUCUAUAUCUACAGACCAAGAUAGAUCCCAACAGUGACUCCUUACCACCAGCAAUCAGAAACUCUGAAGAGCGGCUUUCCAAGGGUGACAUAUAUCUGCUAGAAAAUGGGCUGAACAUCUUUUUGUGGGUAGGAGCAAAUGUUCAGCAAGGGCUGAUCCAGAACCUCUUUGGAGUGGCAUCUUUUGGCCAAAUCAGCAGCAAUAUGGUAAGUGGGGUCAUGCUGGGCAACAAGAAGAUUUGUCCUCAUUCUUAGGGUGCUGCCUAACUUUCUGCUUGCAGGAUUUCCCCCAAAAGAUCUGGCAAGAUUCUGAAUAAUGGGACCAGCCCUGUGUAAGGGUCCCAACUCUCUGAUUUGUCUUCUGACUCCUUAACACAGUGGAUAGAACAGAUCAGUUACUUACAAUUCCACACCUAAACCAUUGGUCCAUGUAGCUCAGUAUUGUUUAGUUGUAGUUCUCCAGGAUUCAGACUGGGGGCAUUCCCAGCCCUACCUUGAGAUGCCAGGGGUUGAAUUUGGGAGCUUCUACGUGUAGUGCAGAUGCUUUGCCACUGAGCUGUGGCACUUCCCAAAUCAUGGGUAAGAGUGAGCAGUGCUGUGAAAAGAGUUUCGGCAAGGUUGGGUAGCUCUUCUACAUGUGGGUCAGGGUGGUUUUUGUGAUUCAUUCAUCAUUUUGUGUGUGUAUGUGUAUGCUGAGGGACGCGGGUGGCGCUGUGGGUAAAACCUCAGCGCCUAGGACUUGCCGAUCGCAUGGUCGGCGGUUCGAAUCCCCGCGGCGGGGUGCGCUCCUGUUGUUCGGUCCCAGCACAUGCCAACCUAGCAGUUCGAAAGCACCCCCGGGUGCAAGUAGAUAAAUAGGGACCGCUUACCAGCGGGAAGGUAAACGGCGUUCCGUGUGCUGCGCUGGCUCGUCAGAUGCAGCUUGUCAUGCUGGCCACGUGACCCGGAAGUGUCUGCAGACAGCGCUGGCUCCCGGCCUAUAGAGUGAGAUGAGCGCACAACCCUAGAGUCUGUCAAGACUGGCUGGUAUGGGCAGGGGUACCUUUACCUUUACUUAUGUGUGUGCUGAACUGGGAAUAUUCCUUCUUGCUAGUUUUGAGAAGAUCCAAGCUAGCUGUUUAGUACCUCUAUUGAUUAUUACAUAUUUGUGACUAGUAAAUAACUCCGCUGGCCCAUGUGCGAAUGGAUGUUUUGAAGUGGUUCUUGAUCAUCUGUGAGAUGUUUUAACUCUGUGUUGCAGUGCGUGCUGCCAGUUUUGGACAAUCCUUUUUCGAAGAGAGUACGGUCUGUCAUUGAUCUGUUCCAGUCUCAAAGAUCACGCUAUAUGAAGGUAAUUGAUGCUUGCUUGUGAUUGGGUUUUUUUUAAUUGUUGCCUUCUGUAAUCUCUGUGCAUCAAGUAAUGUAUAUGAAACUUAUGUUUGAAUAAUUGGGGGGGGGACGUAAAUAACAAUACCGUAGUACUUGCAGUUUCUAGAACCUCACAGUGUGUUCUAACAGUGUUUUCCCUAUGCAGAUUAGAACGGGGCUUCAUUAUAUGGUGUCAGAAACUUAUUUGGUUGUACAAACCAUAGCUAGCCAAUGCUAGAACUUCCAAGGUUCCAUUAACACUUUGCACCAAAGGCACCACUCUCUAACGUCUUACUAAAUUUUUCCUUUUGCUUUGUAGCUCAUGGUUGUCAAGCAGGAAGACAAACUGGAUAUGCUGUUCAAACACUUUUUGGUGGAAGAUAAGAGCAUGAAUGGGGGCGCUUCAUAUGUGGACUUCCUCUGUCACAUGCACAAGGAGAUCCGCCAGUUGCUGAGCUAGAGCUGGAGAUGCGCUGGAUUCCAGCACUGACACUUCUAUGUUCACUAACCGCCUGAUGAAUGGGCCCAGCUCCUUCGAGAAGGACAAUACAGAAAGCUGUACAAUUCCAUAAUUUUUAAUACACUGUGCAUAAACAGUUUCAGCAUCUCCCAAAACCCUUUGAAGAAGUGAGGCAUGGACAGACGAAACAUCAGCUAUAGGGGUGGGUGUGGGAAUGUUAUUUGAUUCCAGGCCUUGGACCUGUGCCCUCUUCUUGUGCUUGGCAGGUAUCUGUACCUCCUGCCUCCCAGCCCCCCAGUUCUGUUAUAACAAAUGUUAUUUGAGUUUCACUAUACAAGAUUAAGCAUCAGGUGAAAAGGUGAUUGCUCUUCAGAACCACACAGUGGGUGUUAAGUUUGUGCAUGUGAUACACUGGAUGAAAAGGAGCCAGUUUUUUGGGGGGGCAGGUGGGCUUGGGGGGGAGUGGAAGGUGGCAGGCCCUGUUCAACCAAAGAGUAGGAGAUUGAUAAAGCAGCCAAGCUGGGGGUUUUUACACCUUCGCUUAUAAGUGGAGAGAGCAAUAUACUGUAAGCAAGUUAUACAGUGGCAUCUUCUAGGAAACACCUGAGCUGUUAGGGAAAAUAGCAGGGUAGGCAUGCCUUCACUGUAGUUGCUUUGCUGUGUGGAUAUGCCUUGGAAUAAGUGAGUGAUAAUGAGCAGGUGCUGUUUUGGGGAAAGUGAAAUUAUUCGGGGUUGGUAUAAACAGGUGUUGCCUCCACCACCCCUUGAGAAAAACAGCAUCUUCUUUCUUUCUUUCUUUCUUUCUUUCUUUCUUUCUUUCUUUCUUUCUUUUUCUGCCAGUGUCCUCUUGCUUUGGUGGUCUGUUGCCUCUUUCCAUUCACGCGGUAGGGUUUUGUCUGGAAUAUCCUUUUCAAAGGAGAUGGCCGUGCUUUCCCCUUCUUAUCACUUUGAAAAAGUUGUGUUUAUACGCAACACAGGAGUUUGCUAGGAGAGACAGUCUAUGUUUGAAUUGUAUCCAAGAAGCACUGAGAGGUCCUGUAGCACCAAUGCAGAAGGAGUUGCUCAUAUUCAUAACGUAAGGUUCAAAUCAUGCCACUAAUGUAUUCUGAAAUUCAAACCUUUAGUAGCUCUGAAUAAUUUUGGUCAUGCAGUACUUAAAUGGCUACAUCUGGGCAGUACUUACUAGUCCAUCAGUGUAGGAUAUCUGUGGCAUGCCUGCUUGUGGUCUUGUUACAACAAAUCAAGCAGGCUUAUGGCUGACCUCUCCAAGGCUGAGCAGAAAGCAUUCUGCUUUGUAUUAGACAGAAAGAUGAUGAGUUUGAGACUCUAGGAGUCAAAGGGCUCAUUCGUUUUUAAAAAGACACUAACCUUUUGUUUCUAAUGCUACACUUAGGAAUUCUUGCAGUGCCCAGAAUGUACUUGGGGAACCGGCAGCACCGAAACGUGAAAAAAGGAAAAGCAGGGAGGUAGAUCGCUUAGACAAAUGAUGGAUUAAGACUGAAUAUAAGUAAAGCAUUUAUUCCAUCUGCCAUUGAAAAUUGAAGUUGAAACCUUAUAUACAUGACAGAUUAAAUAAUCCAGGAGUGUGGUUUCUAGUCCCUUGAACUAUAGUGUGUGUAUGUGUGUGUGUUUGUAAAUAUUUUUCCUUCUACUGCAGCUAGUUUGUCUUCCCUUUCAUCACACAGUGAAGGGGAGUAUCCCAAAAACUGUUAACUGGCCACACCUCAGUGAGUUUCUCAGCAGUCUUAAACACAUUUGCAAGUGUGGCUAACCCCACCCCCUUCCUCCUGCCAAACAUACAUACUGUCUCCAACCAAAAAAAUUAGAAAUCUUUUAAACCAGUGAAGAGAUUUGCUCCCCAAGACUCCAUAACCGGACUUCCAGAAUACUAAUUUCUAGAAUUAAUAUAAAAGAAAAUAUACGAUCAUAAAUCUUUCUUCACUUUUUUCAAUGCAUCUUUUAAUUUGUAAAGAAAUAAAAAUAUAUGAAGAUGUAUUUUAUGUCAUUGUUAGUAAAUAAAUACUGAUUAUUUUUUUCCAAGCCCUGUAUUUUGGGGAUGGGAGAGAGAGCUGGUGUGCAGGUGACUCAAUCAAGUUCCGUCAUGGCAAAUAAAACUGUUAUUUGCAACGAUAUCUGAAAGAAUUCCGUAAGGUGCUUAUAAUGUUUUGCUUUCUGGAUUAAACACAUUUCAGCUUUCA